AGGAGUCAGACACUGAAUCUCUGCCUCACACUCGUCUCCUGUGUUUGAGUAAUCAGACUCUCACAGGUGAACUUCUCCCCGUGUGAAGAGCUGGACAGAGAGAGAGAGGGAGUGGUUAAAGCUCAAGGUAAGCUAACCUGUGUAACUCCUUCUCCCUCUCAAACUUUCUCCGGGGGAAAACACACGCUUGGACGCAGAGACGGACCAGGAAGUGCCUUACUCUGGGAACAUGUUGAAAGGAGAAGCCUGGAGUUCGUAUGCGCCGGCACAGAUUCAAUGUAAAGAGGAAUAUGGAUCCAGCCAGCAGGGUUUCUUCCAGGUCGGAUCAGUCCUCGGCUGUGUUGACGUCGUUUCGAACUUUGCACGAUGAAGAUUCAAGUUCGAACGGUUAUGUUCCUUUAAUCCCAAAAUCUGGAGAGGGAAAGUUGCUCGGCUCUCCCGUUCAGGAUCCGUUUCUCGUGCGCGUGACCCGCGUGGAGACGUACAUCGACGACGACGAGGAUUCGAAGAGCGUCCAGGGAAGGUCACGUGACUCUGAGGAACGGGAGAAGAAACCCGAGAGCCUCGUGGAGAGAUCGCUCCGAGACGCUUCGGUUCUGAGUCGCAACCGGUCUCUGGAUCUUCCGUCCCGCGUGUCGAGCGAAUCCUGGAAGGAGAUACGUUCGCUGAGCAUUCACAAGGUUCGAGGAGAAGCGCCGACUCACACAAACGUGAGCAGCUGGAGGCGAUCGGUGCCGUUUUACGCGCAAGAUGAGGACGUUUCUGUCGAGGAUCAACAAGAAGGGAAUUCGGGAACAGAUCCGGAAUCACAAACUGGAGAUUCCCAAUCUGGAGAUUCUCAAACUGGAGAUUUCGAGACCUCAUUCUCAAGUCUUCAGGUUGAGACAAAAGAUGUUUCGGGAACAUCCCCUUCGGACAACAAACUGGACGCUAAAGUUGAUGAUUCACAAACUGGAGAUUCAAAAACUUGUGAUUCAAAAACUGGAGAUUCAAAAACUGAAGAUUCUCAAAUUGAAGAUUUUCAAACUGGAGAUUUUGAGACCUCAUUCUCAAGUCUUCAGGUUGAGACAAAAGGUGUUUCAGAGACUGUUUCGGGAACGUCCCCUUUAGACAACAAACUGGACACCAAAAUCAGCGAUUCAAAAACUGGAGAUUCAAAAACUGGAGAUUCAAAAACUGGAGAUUCACAAAUUGGUGAUUCAAAAACUGGAGAUUCACAAAUUGGUGAUUCAAAAACUGGAGAUUCAAAAACUGGAGAUUCAAAAACUGGAGAUUCAAAAACUGGAGAUUCACAAAUUGGUGAUUCAAAAACUGGUGAUUCAAAAACUGGAGAUUCAAAAACUGGAGAUUCUCAAAUUGGAGAUUCAAAAACUGGAGAUUUCGAGACCUCAUUCUCAAGUCGUCAGAUCGAGACAAAAGAUGUUUCGGGAACAUCCCCUUCGGACAACAAACCGGACUCCAAAACCGGUGAUAAAUACCAGAUUCCGGCUUUGUUCAGCGGUUUGCGUGUGCUAAAGAAAGGAGCGAUCGGAGACGAGAGGGGAACGGUGUCAGAAAUCAAACAGCGCGACACAGACCGAGCUCUUCUCAAUCUCAAACAACACGUCAACAAAGCCAGAGUCGAACAGCUGACCGUCUCCAGCGCCACCAAGAAGAAACCCGAACCGAGAAACGUGUCUGAAAUCACCAGUCUGCUCCAGAAGGACGGCGUGGACCCGAGCGGAGAGACCUCGGGGAGCGGUGGCAAACCGGCGAGCGAUUCCUCGUACGACGCGCUCAAGUCCAAACUCUUCAGCUCCAAACCUGCGAAGAAGGAGCCGGCGGAGGCGCUGCUGGAUCUGGACGCCGUGAGGAAGAAGAAGAGGAGCGAGAAAGAGUUGCUGAGGUCCAUCUUCCAGAGACAGGCCAGCAAAUCUCCAGUCAGCGACGUCAAGAGCCCCACCGAGGCCAAAGCCGAGGUGACGUCUCCGUCGGAUGGCGAGGACCGAACGCCGGGCCGUCUGCAGGCCGUCUGGCCCCCGCCCAAAGAGGACGGAGAGGAGAAGGUGGGACUGCGCUACACCGAAGCCGAGCACCAGGCCGCCCUCCUGCAGCUGAAGAGAGAGAGUAAAGAGGAGCUGGAGAAGCUGCAUGCGGAUUUCGAGCUGCGGCUCUUCCAGGUCCGAGGCGAACACGCGGAGGCCGUGUCCCGUCUAGAGUCGCUCAUCGACAGGAUCCAGCGGGAACAGGCGUGUGUCUCCGGGCGGGAGCGCCGCGAGCUUCAGGAGGUGUGUGUGUCCACCGAAGACGACCUGCCGCCCAAAAGCUUCCGUAAUGUGUGUGUCCAGACCGACCGCGAGACCUUCAUCAAAACCCCCGAGGGUGAGGACGCAAAACCACUGAACUCCAGCUCCAGCCUGCCCAAAAAACUCAACCUGGACUCCAUUAGUGUGAGUUUAGGUGUGAGCCCUGGAGCUCCGCCUCCACCUCCUCCUCUUCCAGGUAGCUCCGCCCCCUGUCCUCCUCCUCCACCCCCCUUACCUGGGUUUGCACAUGCCCCGCCCCCUCCUCCUCCCCUUCCAGGAGCACAGGCUCCGCCCCCUCCUCCUCCCCUUCCAGGAGCACAAGCUCCGCCCCCUCCUCCUCCCCUUCCAGGGGCACAAGCUCCGCCCCCUCCACCGCCGCUCCCCGGGGCCCCUCCCCCAGCUCCACCCCCUCCUGGUCUCCCUGGAGCCCCGCCUCCUCCUCCACCAAUCCCGGGCUUCGGCCCGCCUCCUCCUCCGGCUCCCGGCUGGUCUGGAUUCGGACCGACGGUUGAGAAAGCGCCUCGUAAACCUGCGGUGGAACCGGCCUGUCCCAUGAAACCGCUUUACUGGAACCGCAUUCAGAUUCAGGACAACAAUAAUAACACACUCUGGAGUUCGCUGGAAGAGCCCAAUAUCAUAAACGCCAAAGAAUUUGAGGAUCUGUUCUCGAAAGCCACCUUACAAGCCAAGAAGAAACCGCUAUCAGACACGUAUGAGAAGAAGAACAAAGCCAAAAAGAUCAUCAAGCUGCUGGACGGCAAACGCUCUCAGACUGUGGGAAUACUGAUAUCCAGCCUUCACCUGGAGAUGAAGGACAUUCAGCAUGCGGUCCUGACGGUGGAUCACUCUGUGGUGGAUCUGGAGACCAUCGAGGCUUUAUAUGAAAAUAGAGCUCAGCCGGAUGAACUGGCGAAGAUCAGGAAACAUUACGAGACGUCUAAAGAAGAGGAAGUGAAGCUCCUGGAUAAACCAGAACAAUUCCUGUACGAACUCUCCCAGAUCCCGGAUUUCGCGGGCCGCGCGCACUGCAUCAUAUUCCGGACCGUGUUCGUGGACUCCAUGUCUUCUGUCCACCGUAAAGUGGAGACCAUCUCUACUGUGUGCAAGGUGUUUCUUGAGUAUGACAGUGUGAAGGAUGUGAUCGGUGUCAUUUUGGCCUUUGGAAACUACAUGAACGGUGGAAACCGGACCAGAGGACAGGCGGAUGGAUUCGGACUGGAGAUUCUUCCUAAACUAAAAGAUGUCAAGAGCAGGGACAAUCAUGUGAGCCUGGUGGAUUAUGUGGUGUCUUACUACCUGCGAAACAUGGACGAGACUGCAGGAACAGAGAAAAGUGUUUUCCCGCUGCCUGAACCUCAGGAUCUCUUCCAAGCUGCACAGGUCAAGUUUGAAGAUCUCGCAAAAGACCUUCGCAAGUUAAAGAAAGAGCUGACAGAGUGUGUGAAGGAGGUUCGGCAAGUGUGUGAGAACUCAUCCGACGAACAUCUUCAGCCCUUCAAGGACAAGAUGGAGACCUUCAUCAGCACCGCACAGUCCGAGCACGCGUGUGAAGACGACCGGCUGCGGGCGGCACAGGACAGUUUCCAGGACAUGGUGGCGUUCUUCGGGCUCAAGCCUAAGUCUGGCGAGAAGGACGUCUCCCCGAACUACGUGUUCAUGCUCUGGUACGAGUUCUGCAACGACUUCAAGAGCAGCUGGACCCGCGAGAACAAGCGCAUCUCCAGCGAGAGACUCAAAGAAGCUCAGAAAACAGUCCAAAAAAUCACAGCCGAGAAGAAAGUGGAGACGAAGAAGAUCAAUGAAAACAGCCUGAAAGAGCGACUGCGUAAGAAAGAAGCCGGCGUGCCGUCCGUCUGAAGUGCUGCUGACCUCAGAUCAGCGACAGCAGGACCGGGACACACUCUUCUCAAACACACAGCCGUGCCUCACACUCGCCAAACGCCACUGAGUGAGUCGCUUCUGUUUUAUACUAAAACAUGUGAAGUGUGUGUGUGUGUGUGCGCUGGAAGAGACAAGCACUCGCACGCCGUCGGGUUCACACACUUUCCUUCUGUGUGACGCACUUUUACACACUAUGCAAUAUCCUGCGUUUAGAAAAGUGAAUCAUGUACAUUUGCAAUGAGCUUUUUUAUUUGAGAACAUGAUGAGAAAUGAAUCAUAUUUCAGUGUUCUGUAUAUUUGAUGUGUGUAGAUGAGUGAAUGAGCGACUCGAAGCCCGAUUUAUGCACAGGAGGAAGGUUUAUUUAAGGAAUAUGUGUAAUAGUGAGAGGGAUUUAAGGAUGUUUAUAAAUGGUGAAUUCUUUAAUUUAUCCAGUUAUUUUAAGACAAGCCUGAAUGUGUUUCCACUGUCAAACUCCUGGAACGUCAGAUAUUUCUGAUUUUAAUUGACUUUUUUUUGUGAGACUUUUUCAUUUAUUAGGUGCAAUAAACUUUAUCCUAAAGGUUUGAAAGAUUGUCAAAAUUCAAAGAAAAUGUGUCUUCUGAAUUUUUUUUUCAUCUUAUAAUGAAAGUUUACAUUCAAAAUCACAUUUGACCAAUGAAAUGAUGCUUAUCACAUUUACAUCAUCUGUCAGUCAGUGUUUCAAUAAUGCAAUAUUCGUUUCUAAACGACAUAAUUUUUCAUAAUUAGACAGACAUAAUGUGGUUGAAGCAUUUGAGAAAGAGAUACAGGUGUAAAAGUUUGAUCUUUUAUUAAUAUGAUCUUCAUACAAGCCAUCUAUCCACAACAUUAUACACAGCAUCUGUACAACUUAAACCACCAUGUGUGAUAACUUUGGGUUUCACAACUAUAAUCUGAUAUUAUAAAUAGAGGAAUCGAUGAAGAAACUCAAUCCAGCAGAAACAUGAAUAACAGUGUCUCGUUCCGUCACAUUAAAUAAAGUCGUUCCACAUAGUGGAAACUAUCCGUCCUGAAACACUAGCGUAUCGUGCAACAGGUCAUGUGUUUCGUUAAAUCAACUUAAAAGAUGAAACUAAGAUAUUUAGUGUAUAACUAUUAUACUUCUCAGAGGGCCGACAUUUCUGUAUUAUGUAAUAUUCUAAUUUUCUGAGAUGUUGAAUUUGGGGUUUUCAUCAUCAUCACAAUCAUAACUUUUGCACGAUAUUCUAAUUAGUUGAGUUUGACCUGUAGACGUGGAGAUAUUCUCGGUUAUGUGGGUUAAUAACAAGCAUGAUCUCAUCAACUGAAGCAUAUGGCAUGCAGAAAUCAGUCCUGCAUAAAUCAAUCAGAGUAGAAAUCCUCCAUGCAUCUCUGCAUGAUUAAUAAUCAUAAAGUGUUGUUUAAAACUAAAGAUUAAGAUGAAGAUGCUUUUCAUGCGUAGAAGCUCAGACAUGUUUAACACAAUCUGAUAAACUGGAAAAUGAGUUUUGAAAGCUAAUAUUGAGGUGUGUGCUACUUAUGGAAGCACAUUUAUGACACAUAUGCCACAAUAAUCAUGCUUUUGUUCGUUGAAAUUAUGAAAUUCUAAGUUAAAAGUCUGAUUUAGAAAGUUAGAAUUACGACAUAAAAAGUCAAACUGAUUAAUUUUGUGUGUAAAUGGGUGCAAUUAUGAAACAUAAAAUGACAAAAGUUCAAUUAUGACAGAUUUCUGCUUUUGAUCAA